AUGUUUACAACUGAUUCGAAUGAAAAAAGUUCUGAAUUAAGAGAAGAAAAAGUUCAAUUUGAACAUGAUGAAGGUUCAUCCGUAGAAUUAGGUGCUAACUUCGAUGUUGAUACUGAAUUCAAAAAAUAUCAAGAAAUGGGAGCAGAACAAAAACAACAAGGAAGUUUUUUAACAAAUUUAAAAAGAAUGGAGUUCCCAUUAGAUUUUGAAAACAAAAUGAUUAUGGUUUGGUUAUUAGGUGGUUUUGCUGCAGCUGGUGGUAUUUUAUCUGGUGUUGACCAAUCUAUUAUUAGUUCAGCCGCAUUAGGUUUGACAGAUGAUCUUCAUCCAUCUACUUCAGAGAAUUCGUUAAUUAGUGCUUUGGUUCCACUUGGUGCAGUUGCCGGUUCACUUUCAAUAACUCCAAUUUCAAAAUUUGGUAGAAAAACUUUAUUAAUGAUUUCUUGUUUAAUUUAUACUGUUGCUGGUUUAGUUUGUGGUUUAGCUCCAAAUAUCGGUGCUUUAUACGCUGGUAGGUUCUUAUUAGGGUUAGCCAUUGGUCAAGAAGGAGGUGGUGUUGGUGUUUACAUUGCUGAAUCAGUUCCAUCAAGGUUCCGUGGAUCGGUCGUUGGAGCCUACCAGUUCUUCAUUGCUUUCGGUGAAGUAUUAGGAUUCGCAAUAGGUGCUAUGUUCAUUGACGUACAUGAUGGUUGGAGGUAUAUGCUUGGUUCAUCUUUAGUUUUUUCAACAAUUUUAUUAAUUGGAUUAUUUUUUUUACCUGAAUCACCAAGAUUCUUAGCAGUUAAUGGUAAAUUUGGAGAAGCUUAUAAUGUUUUCUGUAGAUUAAGAGAUGUUAGUUUAAGAGAAUACAAGAUAGAGUUCAUUCAAUUAGUACAAGCAGCUGAAAGAGAAAGAGAAGUAAGAUUAACUCACAGUAAAUCAAAAGCAUGGAUUGAACUUUUCACAGUUCCAAGAAAUAGAAGAGCAUUAGUUUAUGGUGUCAUUAUGAUUUCAUUAGGUCAAUUAACUGGUAUUAAUGCUGUUAUGUAUUAUCUCAGUAAUUUAAUGGGUCAAAUUGGAUUUUCACCAAAAAAUUCAGUAUUCAUGUCUUUAGUUGGAGGUGCAGCAUUAAUGUUUGGUACUAUUCCAGGUGUCUUAUAUAUGGAUCGUUUUGGUCGUCGAGUUUGGGGUUAUAAUUUAGUUGGUUUCUUCAUUGGUUUAGUCUUAGUUGGUGUUGGUUAUUUAAUCCCAUUAGAUACCCAUCUUGCUGCGGCUGAAGGUGUUUACUUAACCGGUCUCAUCUUAUAUAUGGGAUUCUUUGGAUCUUAUGCAUGUUUGACUUGGGUUGUUCCAUCAGAAUCUUUCAGUAUCGGUACAAGAUCACAAGGUAUGACUAUAUGUUCAGCGUUAUUAUAUUUAUGGGCUUUUGUUGUUACUUAUAAUUUCAACCGUAUGAAAGUUGCAAUGACUUAUACCGGACUUACUAUUGGAUUUUAUGGUGGUAUUGCAUUUUUAGGUUUCUUUUAUCAAUUGUUUUUCAUGUAUGAAACUCGUAAUAAGACUUUAGAAGAAAUCGAUGAACUUUUUGAAAAACCAACCAUGGAACAUGCUAAAGAUAACAUUCGUGGUGUUUUAAGAUUUUGGCAUUUAAAAAAAUAG